AUGUGCUGCCUGGACAAGGAGGGGCCUUCAAGGGGUGGCUGUGUCCAGCGGCUCAGAAGGGUCAAGAUAGGACCAGAAAUAUUUUGUGGCUAUGCUCCCACCUUGACUCUGGAGCCAAGAGCAGCACCAGAUGCAAGCACUCCUUCAAGGUCCCUCCUUGUCCAUCCAGCACAUGGUUUUGCAUUCUACGUUGCCAACACAUUGAAACUUGACAGAAGACGCUUUGUGAUACCCUUGGCGUAUCUUAACAGUGAAAUCUUCAGAGAGCUUUUCCAAAUGUCUGAGGAGGAGUUUGGGAUACAAAGUGAUGGCCCCAUCAUACUGCCAUGUGAUUCAGUCUUUAUGGACUAUGUGAUCUCAUUCAUCCAACGUGGUAUUGGAAAAGAUUUGGAGAGAGCUUUGAUCAUGUCUAUGGCUUCCAGUAACUGCUCAUCCUCUUCAUACUUCCAUCAAGAGCAGAACAAUGAGCAAUUACUAUUAUGUGUCUUCUGA